UUAUAUUUGUUGUAUAAUCUUUCAUCCCCAGAAGUCAGUCUAUCAAAGGAGAGAGAAAGAGGAUGGCGGAGUGCAGGCCUCUUGGGUUCUUGAUCGGUUUGCCAUUUGCAUUGGUGGCUUUAGUUCUGUCCCUGAUUGGCAUCGUUAUUUGGAUCAUCGGGGCGGUGUUCAGUUGUUUGUGCCCCUGUUGCUCGUGCUUUGCGGGGCUGGCGAAUCUUGCCAUGAGUCUGAUAAAGCUGCCCAUCAAGAUCAUCCGCUGGUUCAUCGAAAAGUUCCCUUGUUAGAGGCAACCACCACCAGCCGUCAUACCUUUUUCUUCCUCCCUCCGACUGCUGCCCAAAUCACUCUCGUCGCCGAUGAACUCAUUUGUAUUCGAUUAUUUGUACAGACUUCCACACUGUGGAUAGCCGGUGGUGUCACCGUCUCUGUCGUUUCUUCUUUUUUUUUUUUUCCUUCUUCUAGUGAUUCUUUAUAUCUGAUUUUAGGCUUUACUAUUGAUAUUUUGUUUCAUGGCCUUUGAGAGAGA